AGGAAUCCCGUUUUCACUGGCCGCCAGCAAAACUCCUAACGGCGCAACAAUUUUUAUCCCGAGAUCGAGACUCACUUACCGAUUUACUGCUAUAGUGCAAGAGCAAGAACACCAGCAGUACGUUAUUGCACUACUCGGAAAGAGAAUAAUGCAUUUUUGAUCGCGCUCCGUUACUACUAUGCAACCAUUAUGUAGACAUUGUGCAGGUGUGCAAACAGAGUCAGCAAAGCAAACGUUGGAAAGAGAAUAGCAGUAAUAUAAUGAUUAUCUAUUAUUGUCUAAAUGUUAUUUGUUUAGUUUAUUAAGUUUCUAUUUUUAUUCCCGGUAAUCCUUAAUAUUAUAUCGUAAAGUAGGUUCAGCAUCAAGUAUUAUUUUAUCAUCGAAAAAUUUCUCGCGCUAUACACGUUCCGCAUCGUGGAUUUUCCUUCAAAUCGCAAUUAGUUAAUUACACGGAAGAAACGACUAUCCGCAUUAAAAGACCUAGCGUGCAACACAAGCAGCUACAGCAACUACGAGGUCUUUAACUUGUUCUCGAUCUAAAGAAUUUUACACGUGCAGAACAGACGAGUCGUUUUAUCAAUUAUGCUCCAAAUAAGUCGUGGAGUAUAAAAUUUGAAAAUUUUAAUUGCCAUGAAACUCGAUACUUCAAGUGUAUGUAGUAGACAGAAAUGUAUGGCAUAUUCAAUGCGCGAGGCAACUAUUGAUUAUAUUUUCUAUGAACAAUGCAUACUUAUACACGAAACAUGAUAUUUUGACGUUUCUACCGACAGUUUAAUUAUAAUCACGAAAAAGUUACAAAUAUUAUACCUAUCACCAUGAAACGCGGUCUGCUAAAAUCCUACUUGGAUACAAAUAGUAUCAAAAGUUUAUCGAAAGACUUUAUCUCUGCGAAAAAUCGUAGACCUAGUAGAAUCGAGGAGAGAAUCCGCCUACGAAGACUCCGUGCUAAUCCACAUCUCAUAGUUGAAUCCCCAGAGCAGAUUACCGAGGCGUCCGAAAAUAUCACCGCAGAAUCAAGAGUUAUCAAAAAUUCCUGUGAUUCAUCGAGCCCAAGAACCGAGUCUUGUACAACCUCCACAACCUCUUGCAGCUCGAGCUCAAACGAAAAUAUGCCAAAAAUUCGGGGAAGUAAGCAGCGAGUAGAUCUUUUGGAACUUGGAGCGUCGAGUCGGACGCCUUUAGUUAAUAUAAGGCUGAAAAAGAGUAGAGGAAAAUCUAAAAAUCCCGGAUUAGAAAGAAAAUUAUUAUUAUUUCAUCAGGGAAAAUUAAAGGCGAAGACAAGACCGAGGAGCGCUCCUUGCACGCCACUUUUUCAGUUAAAAUACUCGAAACAAAAUUGGAGAUGUGAUAAUUUCGUUGAUUGUAAAACUGUGGAAAAGGAUUGUAUCGAUCAACCAAAAGUGCUAGAUGAUGAUACCGUUGAUUGCAAACCCGUUGGGAACCCUGCAUUAAUUGCAGUAAUGACUGAAAGCCUAGAUAAAAUGCGGGCGGAGUUAAAUGCGAACAAAAAUUCAUGUGCCGUCGAUGAGGAGAUCGACGGCAAUUCCGUCAGCCGGAAGUCAAGCAUUCUAAACGCGAAUUCUGCACGAAAUAAUCUACCCAACUCCGUGGCUGAUUCCGAAGGGGUUUUAUCAGAGAAACAAGAAUCACAAUCUUGUUUGGAAAUCCCAGGAAUUAAUUCGGAGAAUCGGAAUAGCGAAAUUGAGCAUGAGAUUCAUUCAGACUCAAAUAAUUACGGUUGCACGGUAAUUGAGGAAUCCACGGUAACGUCGCAAUCGCAUUAUAAUAAUUGCAAUUGCACCGUUUCGAAUCCAGCUUCGGGACCCGGUAGUUCCUGUACUAACGAUAAUCUGCAAUCCCCUAAGAAAUCGCCGGGAAAUAAAUACCAUAAUAACCGGUGGGAAAAUAGCUCAGAAAAACGACCAAGUUCAAAACCCUGCGGUGCUCAGGAUACGCUGCAUUUCAAGGAUGAUCGCGGCGCGGAUGUCUCUGUCCAUAAAGCCGUAGCUUGUACCUAUAAAAGUAAAGACUGCCAAUUUCACCGCAGUCACAACUAUUGCAUGAGAAGAAAUUUCAAUCAUCAGGCUAUAGUAAAUGAAAAUCCAAAAUCUUGGGAUAAAUCGGAGAAAGAUUUUUGCGCUUGCAGUGUGAGAGCUGGAGAUAAAUCGAGAAGUUACAGCCUAACUACUGAUUCGAUCUCUGAGUCCUGCGGAACUCAUUGCGUCCGUAAUUAUCAGUUGAAAAUUCCACAGCAACAGUGUGCUAAUAAUAACUUAGCCGUGAGCAAGCAAAAAUCUGUAAAGUUGCCUAAUUCCGGCAUGACGAGAUCGUGCGAUUGUCACGCCAAAAAGAGAUCCUGUCGCAAAAUUUGUGGAUCACAAAGGUCCAAGUCCAGCCCAAGAAGAGUAACGUUUAGAUUACCAUCUCUCAUUCCGGAAGAAGGGAUAAUCCAAAACUUCAAAGAGGAUGAUAAAGAGACUAAUUUUGGAUGGAUUUGCAAUCGCAAAUUUUCGAACAUCGAACCGAAUCGAAAAUCCCAAAACACUGAGCCCCAAGACGAGAACAAUGAAUUUGAAAAAAAUCACGAGGAAAUUUUCGCGUCAUGCUGCAAUUCCAGUCAUGCCCACUGCCGGAGCUGUUGCAUGGGUCAUCAGCAGCGAAGAUCGAGGAGUCCAAAAGUCCAUUUUUGCGAAGAGCUUUUGAAUAAGCAGCGAGAAAUUGUCGGUGAUCUUUGCGAGAGCGGUGCGGGCCAUCGAGAGAUAGAGAGCAAAAACAAAUUAUUAGUUGAGGGAGCUCAACCUGUCAAGAAUUCGGACUCGAAAACAUCGAUUGGAUCGGAAAAAGACGCUUGGGCGGAAGAUAACGAGAAUAUUUUAGAUAAUUUUGAGAACGUCUCAUUUCCGAAAGAGACGAGACAGGCUAUGAACGUUCUUUUGCAAUCCCGAGAAACUCGAUUGGCGAAUCCAUCGCAUAGAUCAAAUUCGGGUAAACAGCGAUGGCAACGAAAUCCAGAAAUCAAAGUCUUGAAUAAACCAGAUUUAGGAAUCUUUGACUCUGAGGGACAGAAAGCUAUGCACGUGGCAACAUACGCCCAGGCCCUGGCGGUCUUCCAGAGAAAAAGCGAUCCCUUGGCUGAUGGUAGUAGCUUCCAAAAGAAACGAAACAUCGUUCGGAAUGAAAGUGCAGGGGGUAACUAAAAACAUAUGCAUAUAUAUCUCAUUGA